AUGGAAGCCGAAUUGUUGCUUCAACUUCUCCAACCCUAUCUGUCUCUUAUGACACCAGAAUCCGGAAAACCAUCAGGAACCAAAAAGUCGGGAUAUUUUAUCAAAGACAUUCUGGAUUUACCAUCAGCCGAUGGAGAGGAAUUUGACGAAUUUGGAAGAUGUAAAUCCAAUUCCCAAAAUCCCACGUCUUCUGAUGAGAAACAUGUGAUGAAAUCCAAGAAAAAGAAGGCGCGGACCACAUUUUCGGGCAAACAAGUGUUCGAAUUGGAAAAACAAUUUGAUUCGAAAAAAUAUUUGUCGAGUAGUGAUCGAAGUCAAUUGGCAAGACGGCUGGAUGUUACAGAGACUCAGGUCAAAAUCUGGUUCCAAAAUCGGCGUACUAAGUGGAAGAAAAUCGAGACGGAGCGAGAAAAAAUCGAUUUCGAUGGAUCUCCUGAAGAUCGAAAAUUGGAGGAACAGGAUGACGAAAAAUCAGAAAAAUCAGAUGUCUAA